AUGGCCUGCCGCACAGCUGGUGGCAACGAUACCCCUGAGAAGCUCUGGCAGUUCCUCCUCGACAAGAAGGACGGCUCCGGCGAGGUCCCCUCACACCGAUGGGAGCCCUGGUACCGACGAGACACACGCAACGCCAAAGAAAUCGACAAGACGCUCAACAAGGGCUACUUCAUCCAUGACCUCGAGAACUUUGACGCCUCCUUCUUCGGCAUCUCGCCCAAGGAGGCCGAACAGAUGGACCCGCAUCAACGCCUCGCCCUCGAACUAUCAUGGGAGGCCCUCGAACACGCGGGUAUCAACCCCAAAGAUCUCGCCAAAUCGGACACGGCCGUAUACAUGGGCAUUGACUCGGACGACUACUCCCGUCUCUUGAUGGAGGAUAUACCAAACAUUGAGCCAUGGAUGGGCAUUGGUACAGCAGCGCAUGGUGUUGCCAACCGUGUGUCAUACCACUUGGAUCUCAUGGGUCCCAGUGCCGCCGUGGACGCUGCCUGUGCCUCUUCACUGGUCGCCGUUGACAGUGGCCGACUAGCGAUCCAGCUGCGCGAGUCUGAAGUUGCUCUCGUGGGUGGCGUCAAUGUCUUGCUUGCUCCAGCCCUGACACGAAUGCUGGAUAAGGCUGGAGCGCUGUCCCAGGAAGGCAUCUGCCGCUCGUUUGAUGAUGCCGCCAACGGUUACGCUCGAGGCGAAGGAGGCGCUGUGCUUGUCCUCAAGAACCUCCGGAGUGCACAGAGAGACGGUGACCGCAUCCUGGCCGUUCUCAAAGGGAGUGCUGUGGCGCAGGAUGGCAAGACCAAUGGCAUCAUGGCUCCCAACACAGAUGCACAGGAGCUCGUUGGUCGCAGGGCUCUUCAGCGGGCUGGAGUCGACCCCUUGACCAUCGGCUAUGUCGAGGCCCAUGCGACGGCGACACCACUAGGCGAUCCAACUGAGAUUUCUGCCAUUGCAAAGCUGUAUGGCCAUGGAGUCAAACGGCCAAAAGAGGCACCAUGCCAGGUUGGUUCCAUCAAGCCCAACAUCGGUCACCUCGAGGCAGCUGCUGGCGCCAUCGGCAUGAUCAAGGCUGUGAUGGCUGUGUACAAGGGCCAGCUGGCGCCUCAGACGUACCUCGACAAGCUGAACUCGCGCGUUGACUGGGCCGAGUGCGGACUGGAGGUUGUCCGCGACGCGAAGCCGUGGAAGCAGCGAAGUCUGCGAAGGGCUGCCGUCUGCUCGUACGGAUAUGGCGGUACCGUAUCCCACGCGAUCAUUGAGGAGUGGGGGAAUGUGCCCGUCGAUUCUCAACUACUACCAGCUGAGGGAGAGUUGGUCCCUAUGAUCAUCACGGCUCCACUGGAGAAGCGCCUGUCACAACAGGUCAAGGAGUUGGCGGACUGGCUUGCCACCCCAGAUGGCCAGGCGUCAAGCCUUCACCUUGUGGCCAACACACUGGCCCAGCGAAGAGCGAUGCACGAUCAUCGCCUUACCGUGCUCGUCCGCAACCAUGACAAUGCGACUGACCUUCUUGGACGGAUUGUGAGCAACAGCCUCAAGAAGGAAGACCUUGUUCUUUCAGGGCGCGCCCUACCAGCCUCUACGGCGCAGGCAACAUCCCCUGUCUGGGUGUUUUCUGGCCAUGGUGCUCAGUGGCUAGACAUGGGUCGCAAACUACACGGCACUGACUUUCAAGAUGCCAUUUCGGAAAUCGAGCCUGUAAUCCAAGAAGAGCUAGGGUUCUCUAUCCGCGAAGCACUCGCCACGGGUGACUUUGAGAGCUCGGAACGCGCCCAGAUUGCAACGUACGCGGUGCAGUACGGUCUGAGUCGCAUGUUGAUGGCCAAAGGUCUUCGUCCCAGCGCAGUCGUUGGCCAUUCGAUUGGCGAGAUGGCCGCCUCCGUGCAGCUGAUGCAAAAGUUCCGCGACCAGGAGGUUGAGACUUUUCGUGUCAAGACCGACAUUGCCUUUCACAGUCCCAUGCUGGAUCAGCUUCAAGACCCGCUUCGCAAUGCGCUGGAUAGCGCACUUGAUCCUCAAGAGCCAACCAUUCCGUUGUACUCGACGUCUCUUGACAAUGCUCGUGGCCGUCAGCCACGUGGUGUUGACUACUGGGUCAACAACAUGGUCAAGCCCGUGCAGCUACGUUCUGCUAUCCAGGCUGCUGCGGACGAUGGGCAUCGCAUGUUCCUGGAGGUUUCUUCGCACCCCAUUGUCCUUCAUUCUGUGCGCGAGACGCUUCUCGAAGUAGGUCUCAAGGAGAAAGACUUUGUCACGACCUGCACGAUGAGACGCAACACCAUGCCAGAGGAGACCAUCACGAUCGCCAUAUCCAACCUCUUUGUGCACGGUGCCCACGUCGACUUUGGGACAUUCAUUGGUGAAAAGGGUCACUGGUGCACUGGCGUUCCUAGAUCCCCGUGGUUUCACAAGCCGUACUACAGGCAAGUUGAGACUGGUGCCAUUGAACAAGCCUCCAUGCACGACGCGGAAACACACCACCUGCUUGGCCGACGCACGGCUGUUGGGGGCACGGACAUCUCCCUGUUCGGUACGAAACUUUCCAUUGAGACCAAGCCGUUCCCAGGGACGCAUCCUCUCGAUGGCACGGAGAUCAUACCUGCCGGUGUCUACAUCAACACCUUCCACCACGCAACAGGCGGGCGAGAGCUAUCAGACAUUCAGCUCCGUGUCCCUGUGUCGAUGACCAACGACAUUCGAUCGAUUCAGGUUGCUGUCCAAGGCGACAAGGUGUCCAUAGCCUCAACGAACGAGGACACUGGCUCGAAACCAUCCCGCGACGAGUUCUGGAUUCAUCAUGCGGCUUGUCAAUGGGGUCGUAUCCAGGACAACACCCAAGCAGCCGCGUUGCCCAUUGACAUUCCCGCCAUUCGCGAGCGCAUUGUCACCAAGCUACCCAACUCCUUUGCCGUCGACUUCCUGAGCAAAAUUGGCGUCGCUGGCAUUGCCUUCCCCUGGCAGGUGGUCGAGCACUACGGGAACGAGACCGAGAUGAUUGUGCACGUGGACAUGCUCCCUGGGCAGGAUACCCUGCCUUGGGAUUCGUUCUCGUGGGCACCUCUGCUUGAUGCUGCCACGUCCGUUGGCUCGUCCAUCUUUUUCAACAAGCCAUCGCUCCGUAUCAUCUCCUCCAUUGAAAAGGUUCUAUUGCACUCGCGGGAGCCUCUGCCCAAGAUGGCCUAUCUCCACGUCGAAGAAGCGUCCAACGACAAGGCACUGGCCGCCAACGUCCACAUACUGGAUGAAAUUGGUCAUCUGAUCGCACAAAUCCAGUCCAUGAAGUUCUCCGAGGUCGAGGGAGGCGCCGGCCUCAGUGGCAGCGUGGACAGUCUUGUUCACCAGAUUGACUGGGUGCCUGCCCGGUUCUCCGAGACACCGAGGCCGCUUGGCCAUGUCGUUCUCGUCUCGCGGAGCUUGCAGCAAGUCAAGGCCGUGCGAUCCUCCAUGCAGCCAAUGGCCAAGUCAGUGGUGCACGCGACGUCCGUCAAGCAACUCGCCGCCACCCCUGAGAUGCUCGAUGUAUUGUCGCAGAAAGGCAGCACGGUCGUAUAUCUGCCAGGAUCCGUGGACAGUGUAGAGCAAGUCGCUGCCGCUGCUGAUGAGUUUGUCUGGGAGACUGCCAGUCUGCUUCAGUGUCUGGCGACGCACUCGCUCUCCGAGGUCUGCAGGAUGUUCAUCUUGACCAACGGCGUCUUUGAGGGCUUGUCGCCCACUGGACUGGCUCAGGGUGCCCUGAUCGGCCUCGGACGCAUCAUCGCUGCUGAGCAUCCUGAUACGUGGGGAGGGUUGAUUGACCACGACAUUCCCGAUGCUUCCUCGUUGCUGGCCUUCAUGUACGUCCGCGGACAUGACAUUAUCCGAAACAUUGAUGGUCUACCCCGACGAGCCGUGAUGAGGCCACUCUCCCGCAAGAAGCUACAUGCUUCAGACACGGCGAUGACUCUGCUCCCCAAGUCGGAUGGUACAUACGUGAUCACCGGUGGUCUUGGGUCUCUCGGACUCGAUACGGCGGACUUCUUGGUGAAGAAGGGCGCUCGUCGAAUCCUGCUUGUUUCACGCCGUCCGUUCCCCGUACGUUCGAGCUGGGCCAAGCUCGUUGCCGACAAUGACGAGUUCGCUAGCGCCAUCCGUCGCAUCCAGUCCAUGGAGAGAGCUGGUGCCGCUGUGUGCACAGCCGCCAUUGACAUGUCCCUCCCCGAUGCGUCCAAGGACCUGCUGCGUGCGCUGGACAAUAUGCAACUGCCUCGUGUCCUUGGCGUGGUGCACUGCGCUGGCGUCCUGGAAGACAGUCUCGUGCUCGAGACAAGUCGGGACUCAUUCCGCCGUGUGAUGGCACCCAAGGUGAACGGUGCCCUGGCUCUUCACGAGGCCUUCCCACCUGGCUCCGUCGACUUUUUCGUCUUGUACUCGAGCAUUGGCCAACUUGUUGGUACGGUUGGCCAGGCUUCCUAUGGUGCAAGCAAUGCUUUCCUGGAUGCCAUGGCAUACCACAGGCGAGCGCAGGGUGACAAUGCAGUGGCCAUGCAGUUCACAGCCUGGCGUGGCAGUGGCAUGGGGGCUUCUACUGAGUUUUUGACGGUGGAGCUUGAAAGCAAGGGGAUCACGGACAUUUCCAGUGAAGAGGCGUUUCGAGCUUGGGAGCAUCUGGGCAAGUUUGACAUUGGCUCGGCCGUCGUCACGCGUUGUUUGGCGAUUGAUGAGGGCAGCCCUGUUGCGGUGCCUAUUUUGGAGGACAUUGUCGUGCGACGCCCCAGGGCGCAAGUCAAUGGGCAAGGCCAAGAGGACAAGGAUGGCCUUGGUGUGAGCGCGAGCAUCAACGCACGACCGACUGAUGCAGAGGGCCUGAGGCAGUGGCUCGAGGUCAGCAUCCGGCAGUGUAUUGCCGCGGUGCUGAUGAUGCCUGAUAUUACGGAGAUUGACGGUGGGACGAUGGUUAACGACUUGGGCAUUGACAGUGUCAUGACUGUUGCGCUGCGAAGGCAGUUUCAGGACUUUUUCCAGAUCAAGGUGCCGCCCACGUUGACGUGGAAGCAUCCGACGGUGGACAGCAUGGUGCCGUGGUUUGCCGCCAAGUUGCAGGAGGAAUAGGGGGGGUAUAGAGAGUUUCAUAAGUCUUGGAG